AGAAAAAAACUGUCAGCGCCACCCUGACAGCUGCCCGAAAUGUCACACACUUCGAAUCAUUCCUGGAUCGCAUCGAGAAAUUCAGAUCCGAAACUCGAAAAUUCCAACCACGUCCACAACAACGACGCACCGGUGAAGAUAGCAAAUUCUGUAUCGUGCAGGAUAUGCCAGACCAGCACCGCCAGCGAACGCUUAAUCUCACCCUGUAGAUGUCGCGGUACUUUGGCUAACGUCCACCUGUCUUGCCUAGAACGUUGGCUCAACCAAUCUAGCAGGAAUUACUGCGAACUCUGCAAGUUCAGGUACAACGCGGUCGAAACUCAGAGGUACCGCCUGCUACAAAGUCUGAGACUGUGGCUGCGACAUCCUCAGAACCGGACUCGAGUUCGGUCCGACUGCCUGAUCGGGAUGCUAUUGACCGGCGUAACCACCGGGUUGUUGGCGAUUUGCGUAUGCGGUAUGGAUUACUUUGUAGAUGAGGCCGUCAAAAUGGGAGUCAAGCGGGUCUGGAUACAAGUUGGCGUCAUCGCUUUUUUGUGUGUGAUCGUCGCCGGAUACGUGCUGACUGCUUAUUUACUGCUCAGGGACCAUUUCGUACCUUGGUAUGGCUGGUGGCGCAGAGCUGUAAACAUCCGGUUAGAGCUUCCUCCGGAAUCGAUACCGGCAUCCGGCGGGAAAAUUUGUCAGUGACUGGAGACAGUAGCGCAUUGGUUUUUCCGAAAUCACAAAAAAAAACGAUGAUGUUAUAGUGGACAAAAAUAA